AUGCCAGAGCUUCAACAGCCACUCGAGAAUCUCCUCAACACCUUCAACGAGCUCAACCCUUCGACCGUGGAAGAACUCUUUGCAGAGCCCAGCCCUUUAGAAUUCAUGCGCUAUGUGGCUCGCAACACGCCGUUUGUAGUCCGGGGAGGAGCCUCCACUUGGAAAGCGACCAAGAAAUGGGAUUCUGCAUAUCUGCGGACGGCUCUCGAGGGGCAGUCUGUCAAUGUCGCGGUUACGCCUUUUGGCAACGCCGAUGCGCCGACCUUUUCUCCCGAGCAUAACGCAACCGUCAUCUCAAAGCCCCACGAAGAGACACAGCAGUUUGACGACUUCUUCACAUACAUUAUCCAGCAGGAAACAGACCCGGCGUUCCCACUCGACUCUGAAGUGAGAUAUGCUCAAACCCAGAACGACAAUCUCCGGGAUGAGUAUCUGCCGCUGUAUCCCGAUGCCCAGAGGGACAUUCCUUUUGCCCGGAUAGCGCUGGGCAAGGAGCCGGACGCCAUCAACCUCUGGAUCGGCAACUCGCGGUCCACGACGGCCCUGCACAAGGACAACUUUGAAAACAUCUUUGUGCAGAUUGUCGGCCGGAAGCACUUUGUGCUGCUGCCGCCGCUGUUCCACGCGUGCGUCAAUGAGGACCUUGUCUUGCCGGCGACGUACGUCCGGCAGGGCGAAGGGUUUGCGCUCGCUGUUGAUCCGGAUUCCCCCUUGGUGCCGCUGGCGACGUGGGAUCCUGAUGAGCCUGAGCGGAAUGCUACGCCCUUGUCUGCUUUGGCGAGGCCGCUUCGUGUGACGCUGGAGCCUGGGGAUAUGCUCUACCUGCCUGCUAUGUGGUAUCACAAGGUCAAGCAGUCAUGCCCCGAUGGCGGCGAAGGGUUUGUUCUCGCGAUAAACUAUUGGUAA